AUGGCGCACUCAAAGCGCAACACAUCACUCCCUCACUUCACCUCAUAUGAGCGCAACCUCCUCCGCGACCAAUGGGGCUCAAAACGAAGCAAUAUAGGCCGAGACUCAUUCCUUCAAUUCGGCUCAUGCCGCCUCUGUCUCCAAUCAGCCCGCGCGCCCGUAGUAGCUUGCGCAACAAACGGCGACAUAUUAUGUCGUGAAUGCGCAAUAAAUGACUUGUUAGCCCAAAGGCAAGAGAUCAAACGCCUAGAGCGCGAGCGCGAAGGAGCUAUAAAGCGCAUUGCAGACGACGACGAGCGCACGCUUGAAGAAGCGCGCAGGAAGGAUCUACAUGAUUUUGAACUCGUUUCUAUGGGGUUAGAAGCUGGGCUUAAGCCUGGACAGAAAAGGAAGGCUGAAACUGAUGAGGCGAUUGCUGCGUUUAAGGCGCGCGAGGUUGAGGUUGAUGGGAAGAAGAAGAAGGUUUUUGAGCUUGAUGAGAAGGUUAUGGCGCGUGUUGCUCGUGAGGAGGGGGAGCGAUUGAAAAACGAGCUGAAGAAGGAGAAGACUGAAUCUAGUAAAUCAGCCCUGCCAUCCUUUUGGAUUCCGGCUUUGACGCCUUCGACGGAUGCGGACGAGAUUGCCGCUCAGAAAGUCGUCAAAUUGACACCUAUCUGCCCUGCGUCGUCAGAUAAGAAUCAGCAUAGCUACUCGCUCAAAUCGCUUGUCGAUGUCCAUUUCACAGAGGAGAAAGGUGCCGAUGGCUCUACCGCACGUGUGUGUCCUAGUUGCAAGAAAGAUCUAUCGAACGGACUCAAGGCUAUGCUUACGAAACCGUGCGGCCAUGUUAUUUGUUCUCCGUGCGUCACUAAGUUCAUGAGUCCUCAUGGCGUUAUAGAUCCCCAUGCCUCGAAGGAAGAGCAGGCGCUCCAUGGAAAGGUACUGUGUUAUGUCUGUGAGACAGACGUUACACCGUAUGGUACAGAGAAACCUACAGAUGUGGACGGAAGCAAGAAAAAGAAGAAGAAAGAUAAGGAUGGGAUCCGGCCGGGUCUUGUCGAGAUCAGUUCUGAAGGAACGGGUUUUGCGGGAGGAGGUGCAACCGUCGCUACAAAAAGUGGCGUAGCAUUUCAAUGUUAA